GUAAUCUGUGUUCUGAUGUAUAAUAGCGUACAUUCUACAUUUUACAGUUUUAGAAAUUUUCUUAUUAUCUAUUUGUCUCUAUUUUAUAAAUAUUAAGUGACAUUAUUGUUUUGUUCAUUUUUUAAAUAGUUAAAUACAUGUUGCCAUACAGCUGAAGACCAUAAUUCAAAUACUUCCGAUAUGUAACAAAUUAUUCAACCAGUGUUUCAUUUUAUGAUAUGAACUAAAAAUCCGAUUUAAUUAUGGCUAGUCCAUCACCUCAGAGUAGUCCAAUGCCGCCUCCACAAGCACCGAGUCCAAUGGGCCCUCCAACGCAAAGUCCGGCGCCUCCACAGUCACCACACAGUCCGUACAAUCAACAACAUGUCAACGGACCUCCUCCAUCGCACACACCGGCGCCAAUGCCUAAUCAUAUGUCACCAUCGGGGCCCCCUGCGCAUUCCAUUGGACCAAAUACGAACGGUCCGCCUGGUGUACCUCAUCAACAACAUCCUGGUAUGCCACCUAGUGGCCACCAAAUACCUCCACAUAUGGUUGGUCCUCACAUACCUGGCCCACCUGGUCACCCUAUAGGUCCAGGAGGCGCCCAUCCUCCAGGCCCUAAUGGCCACCCUAAUAUGCCUGGGAAUCCACCACAUCCAAAUAUGCCUGGACAAGGACCACAUGGAUAUAUGCAACAUCAAAUUGGACACAUGCCUCCUGGUCAGGCACCUUUACCCAUGGGAGGUGGACCACCACCUCCAGGAAAUGGGCCACCAGGACCUCCCGGAGGUCCAUUGCCGCUGUCGGGCCCGCCGCCACAUGGUGUUCAUCCUCAAGGAAUGCCACCCAACGCUCCAUCCCAUUUGCCACCACAUCAUGCUAUGAUGCCGGGCCAAGGUCCACCGCCACAUGGACCCGGGCCAGCCUACGGCCAUGCCCCGCCUGCGCCAGGAGCUUCAGCCCCGCCUCCCGGUCAACCGACACCGGGACAGCCACAACCCGGAGCACAGCAGCAUCCACCAGCUGCACAAACUCCGCCGCAUGGACAAGUUCUACCUGCGGCUACUUCAUCCGCUAAUGGUGGUCCACCCAACUCAUCACCGAUGCAGGGUUCCUUGCCGGCACCGGGGCCUGAUAAUUUAAACGCCUUGCAGAGAGCCAUAGAUUCCAUGGAGGAAAAGGGGCUCCAAGAAGACCCCAGAUACUCCCAACUGCUCGCACUGCGAGCACGUUCCAAUCCUCAGGAUCCAAAUAAGGGGCUAUUUUCUAAUAACCAACUCUGUCAACUUAAGGCUCAAAUAACUGCGUACCGUAACUUGGCUCGCAAUCAGCCUAUCCCCCAAGAAACCGCAAUGAUGGCUGCCGGCAAGCGGCCCGGCGUGGCACCCCCAGAGUGCCCCACGCCGCCAUCGCAGCCUCCGUACGGAGAGGGCCAGGGCCCGCCGCCGACGUCGAGCGCGGGCGGCAAGGCGGGCGGCGGCGCGGGAGACGCGCGCGGCGGAGGCGGAGCCCCGCCCACACCGCUGCCCAUGACCGGCCAGAUGGCACCGCCGACACAGCCUACACCACCGCUUGUCAAUCCGCCAAUGGGCGGUGGGCCACCACUGCGCGGGCCUGCGCCGCUACGUCCUCCGGGACCUGGAGCUCCUGCGCAACCGAAUCAGCAACAGCAGCCUGGCGUUCCUAUUCCGGGCCCUAAACAAAAUCGUGUGACGAGCAUACCUAAACCAGUUGGUAUAGACCCACUACAAAUAUUAAACGAAAGAGAAAACAGAAUUGCUGCCCGUAUCGCUCAUCGUAUGGAAGUGUUAUCCAAUUUGCCAGCCAAUAUCUCUGACGACCUUCGGCUACAAGCACAAAUUGAACUUAGAGCUUUACGCGUUCUUAAUUUCCAAAAGCAAUUGCGUGCCGAGAUAUUGGGUCAAGUUCGUCGCGACACAACGCUGGAGACGGCAGUAAAUAUUAAAGCAUACAAACGAACCAAGCGUCAAGGAUUGCGGGAGGCACGUGCAACUGAAAAGCUUGAGAAGCAACAGAAACUAGAAGCUGAGAGAAAACGCCGUCAGAAACAUCAAGAGUUCCUUCAAACCGUUUUACAACAUGCCAAGGACUUCAAGGAGUAUCAUCGCAAUAAUGUAGCGAAGACAGCUCGUAUUAACAAAUCGAUUAUGAAUUACCAUGCGAAUGCUGAACGUGAGCAAAAGAAAGAACAAGAGCGCAUUGAAAAAGAGCGUAUGCGGCGUUUAAUGGCUGAGGAUGAGGAAGGUUACCGUAAGUUGAUUGAUCAGAAAAAAGACAAGCGUCUCGCAUUCCUGCUGUCACAAACGGACGAGUAUAUCGCGAGUCUCACCGAGAUGGUCAAACAACACAAACAGGAGCAGCGCAAAAAGCAGCAAGAGGAAGAACGCAGGAAGAGGAAAUCCCGGAAGAGGAAGCUUUUGGAAGGCGGAGAGAUCGACGCUUUGGAUGACAGCUCACAAACUUCAGACUCUAGAGUCAGUGUGAUGGAUCCAAAGACGGGCGAGAUUUUAAAAGGCGAAGAGGCUCCGCUAUUGUCUCAGCUGAAGGACUGGAUGGAAACGCAUCCAGGUUGGGAAGUACUCUCGGAUUCGGAGGAUUCCGGCGAUGAUAGCCAAGAUGACGAUGAAAGGAGAGAGAGAAGGGAAAAACAUAAAGAUGAGAGGACUGACAAAGAAAAAACUGACGAAGAGAAAGCACGCGACAUGAUCAAAAAGGCCAAGGUUGAAGACGAUGAGUACAAAACUGAAGAACAAACGUACUACAGCAUUGCUCACACGGUCCACGAGUCUGUCACAGAACAAGCUAACAUUUUAGUGAACGGAAAGCUAAAGGAAUACCAAAUAAAGGGUUUAGAGUGGCUGGUAUCGCUUUUUAACAACAACUUGAAUGGUAUCCUGGCAGAUGAGAUGGGUCUUGGCAAAACCAUCCAGACAAUUGCAUUGGUCACCUAUCUCAUGGAGAAAAAGAAAGUUAAUGGGCCGUUCUUAAUUAUUGUGCCUCUAAGUACGUUAUCCAAUUGGGUACUAGAGUUCGAAAAGUGGGCGCCGACGGUAACGGUGGUGUCUUACAAAGGUUCGCCUCAUUCCCGACGGCUGGUACAGACACAGAUGCGCUCCACCAAGUUCAACGUUCUCCUCACCACCUACGAAUACGUUAUCAAAGAUAAGGGAGUCUUGGCUAAGGUGCAAUGGAAGUAUAUGAUAAUAGACGAGGGUCACCGUAUGAAGAACCACCACUGUAAGCUGACACAGGUGCUGAACACGCAUUACGUGGCACCGCACCGGCUGCUCCUCACCGGCACACCGCUGCAAAAUAAACUCCCCGAACUGUGGGCGCUCCUCAACUUCCUGCUACCUUCCAUCUUUAAAAGCUGUUCUACUUUCGAACAGUGGUUCAAUGCUCCUUUUGCUACCACCGGUGAAAAGGUGGAGUUGAAUGAAGAAGAAACAAUCCUUAUUAUUCGUCGUCUGCACAAAGUGCUGCGUCCAUUCUUGUUGCGACGAUUGAAGAAGGAAGUGGAGAGCCAACUGCCUGACAAAGUUGAAUACAUCAUCAAAUGUGACAUGAGCGGCCUCCAGCGGGUUCUAUACAAACACAUGCAGUCGAAGGGUGUACUUCUAACAGAUGGCUCAGAAAAGGGUAAUAAAGGCAAGGGCGGCGCCAAGGCUCUCAUGAACACGAUUGUGCAACUACGAAAACUUUGCAACCACCCGUUUAUGUUCCAACACAUUGAGGAGAAAUUCUGUGACCACGUCGGCUCUGGCGGCAGUGUCGUUACCGGACCCGACUUGUACCGAGUUUCUGGAAAAUUCGAACUAUUGGAUCGUAUUCUGCCCAAACUAAAGAGGACUGGACAUAGGGUGCUGGUGUUUUGUCAAAUGACCCAAUGCAUGACCAUCAUUGAGGACUAUCUCUCCUGGAGAGGUUUCCAAUACUUGAGAUUGGACGGUAUGACCAAGGCCGAGGACCGUGGAGAACUACUAAAAAAAUUCAACGAUGCUAAUUCGGACUACUUCCUAUUCUUGUUGUCAACCCGCGCCGGUGGGCUCGGUCUCAACUUGCAGAGCGCCGACACCGUCAUUAUAUUUGACUCCGACUGGAAUCCGCAUCAGGAUCUCCAAGCCCAAGAUCGUGCGCAUCGUAUCGGACAGCGGAAUGAAGUACGCGUACUAAGGCUGAUGACUGUCAACUCUGUUGAAGAAAGAAUUCUUGCUGCCGCCAGGUAUAAGUUGAACAUGGACGAGAAAGUUAUCCAAGCUGGAAUGUUCGAUCAAAAGUCGACAGGUUCCGAACGACAGCAGUUCCUGCAAAGUAUUCUUCACCAGGAUGGAGACGAUGAGGAGGAGGAGAAUGAAGUCCCCGAUGACGAUUUGAUCAAUGAAAUGGUAGCGAGAUCAGAGGAAGAACUUGAGAUCUUCAAGCAAAUCGAUUUGGAACGUAAGAAAACCGAGACGCAAUCGAGACUCAUUGAGGAGUCAGAGUUACCGGACUGGCUCGUAAAGAACGACGAUGAAGUCGUCUGUAAUAAGGGUCAAGGAUGGAACUACUUGGACGAGGACGAGACGCUGGGUCGUGGCUCGCGACAGCGCAAAGAGGUGGACUAUACAGACUCUCUUACUGAGAAAGAGUGGCUCAAGGCCAUUGAUGAUGAGUUUGAGGAUGAGGAGGAAGAGGAGGACGACGACGAAGUAUUGGAUAAGAGGCGAAAGAAGGGUCGCAAGCGACGUCGCAAUCAAGACGAAUCAGAUGAAGAAGAAGUCCCUUGUUCAUCAAAGAAAAAAAGCAAAACAGAAAUCAAUCAACAGAAGAAACGUUUAAAAAAUAUUAUGAAGAAAGUCAUCGAUUACACUGAUGAUGGGGGUCGCGUGUUGUCUGAGCCCUUUAUGAAACUUCCUUCGCGGCGAGAACUGCCUGAUUACUAUGAUGUCAUUAAGAAACCAUUAGAUAUCAAGAAAAUAAUGAAUAGAAUUGAAGAUGCUAAGUAUAACGAUAUAACGGAUUUGGAACGCGAUUUCUUCACACUGUGUGCGAAUGCCCAGACAUACAACGAGGAAGCAUCUCUUAUAUACGAAGACUCUGUGCGUCUACGCAAUGUAUUUAUUGAAAUUCGUCGUGGAUAUGAGAACGGACAAAACUCAGAUGAUUCCGACGAUAAUGAUAAAGCAGAUGAAGAAGACUCUGAUGGCGAGUCCAACCGCUCUGUUAAAAUGAAGAUAAAAUUGAAAGGAAAAAGUAAAAAUACACCCACUAGAAAACGUAAGCAACGUAAAUAUAUUUCCGAUGAUGAAGAUUAUGAAGAAGAUUAAAUUUUCAAUCUGUUGUUUUUUUUCAUGUUUUAUACCGGAUGACUUUUUUUAACUUUGCAUAAAAUUAUGGUAUAUGGUAUAAAAUUAAGUCGCUUCUGUUGUUUGUUCGCUUGGAUCUUUUAAACUACGCAAUGGAUUUUAAUGCAGUUUUUAGCUAUAGAUAGACUGAUUCAAGAGGUAGGUUUAUAUGUGUAAUACAAUUACACUCGUGCGAAGCCCGGGGCGGAUAAAUAGUGUUAUACGAAGUAGAAGCAUUACACAUUUUAGUCAUUAAAAUUACAGUCAAUAUCAAUUGAUUUGCAUUUUCUACGAUAUAAAAAGUUAAAAAGUUUCACUCUUCACCCGCCCUGCAUACUACAUAUACCGCGCGAUAUGCAUAUCUAUAAAGUAUUUUUGUUAUCGCGAGUAGAGCAACUGCCAUAGUUGCUCUACUUUUUCUUUACAGAUAUACAGGACAAUAGAUAUAUAUGUAAUUAAUUGUCAGAAAUAGAAAAAAAAUUUUUUAACAAAAGCUAAAUCUAACAGCUUUAUAAAAUAGUCUUCAUUUUAAUUUUGCAUUAACCGAACCGUCGUUCAUCCAUGCAACAUAUUUACUAAAAAAAAGUCUUCCGGUAUACUGAUAUGUUGGUUAACACACGUGUAGUAUUUACACAAGUAAAGAAUUUUCUCUGUCUAUUUGUAUUUUCUUAACUAUUAAUAAAUUGCCACUGAUCUUGAUGCACUUAUUGUUUAUGUAGACAAUUAGAUACGAUACGUA